GGCAUUAGCUGCAUCGAAUCUUUACCUGCAUGACUAGAAUCUUUGGAAACUCUCUCUUCUCCUUAUUGGCAGGGGUUUCACCGGAUUUCCAUCCUAUUUGAGCUUGAUCCAUUUUCUCCGUGUCGUCACCUAUUACUUUUGGUCGCAUUCCCAUUCCCAACCCUUCAUAUUAUCACCCUCAACAUCAACAUUCACAUCAACACUUUUCCCUUUCCCUCCCCUUUCCUCGCUCGGUUCCCGUCCCGACUGAAAUACAACUGCGCAAUAUAAUAUUAUAUCAGAUUCUGUAUUGCUUCCGUGUCUUCACAUCCUUCAUUUCAUCUACAUCUAUUAUAUUCACUCGUUAUCGAAACUCACUCCCUUUCUGAUCCCACAGAGUCUGACCUCACCUCGCCCUCUGUAGAAGCUUUUCCUAGGUAUAAUACAAUAGAACAAUACUACCACCUGCUUGCUUCCAAGCCAAAAGUUUCAUUCCACCAUCUCACUCUACGCACCUUUUUACAUAAUAUACCUUCGCCAUCGUCCAUUCAACAAACAUUCAUCUAGGAUUAACCCCACUUGAUCAGUCGCAAAGUUUAAGGGAAUAUACGCAUGACCUAAUCGACAUAUAAUUCUUACAAGUUCCGCUAUUAACUUCUCAACACUUCACGAAUCGGGGCGCAUUUGCAAAUCUGCGUUGGUGAAAUCCGCCUCCGUACUACACCACAUCCCCAACAAACAUCCAUUUCUUUUGCAACAAUAAAUCGACAAUGCAGUACGUGCGAAGUAUCAGCGGUUCCGUUUCGAAAACCUGGAAUUCGAUAAAUCCAGCAACGCUCAGCGGAGCAAUCGAUGUUAUAGUCGUUGAGCAGGAAGAUGGGUCAUUGGCAUGUUCACCAUUUCACGUUCGCUUCGGGAAGUUCUCUCUCCUUCGGCCAUACGAGAAGAAGGUCGAAUUUAGAGUCAACGAUGUCAAACAAGAUUAUGCCAUGAAGUUGGGAGAAGGGGGAGAGGCAUUCUUCGUGUUCGAGACCAGUGAUAAUAUUCCAGAAGCUAUGCAGACGUCACCUCUGGUUUCGCCAGUUUCCAGUCCGCCAUUGCCAGCGUCGGGUGCGCACCCGGCAAGUCUGUCGGAACCUGACUUCCUAGCAUUAGAUAUGGGCCAUAAAAGUCUAAGAUCAGACAGUUUUACAAAAUCUGCGGGAGGCCCAUAUCCUAGGAGGCAAAGUAAUCUCAGUGCUUUGACACCACCAUCGAUAUCUUCAGAGCUCUCUGGAGAUUGUUCGGGCGUUCAACGGAGCCAUACAGACGAAUUCUUGUCAUCUUCGGCUCGCACGAACAUUAGCGAUUUGACGGAACGAGAUAGGCAAACACGGUCCAUGACACCCACUGUUGCAGCUGUCGAUGGACAAUCGGAUGUUUUCACUGAAAGAUCGCACAGCCCUCCACCUCUGCCAACACGCGAAGCAAUAGAAAGGGCGAUGGCAUUGUCGAAUCGUCUUCAAGCCUCAAACAUACCAAGUCAGGUCACCGAAACCGGUGACUUGAUGUUGGAUAUGACGGGCUACAAAAGUAGUGACGAUGAUGCUCUUCGGGCAGAGGUUAUUGCGCGAAAGGUUUUGUCAGAAGAAUUGGAAGGCAAUUAUGAUAUUGGUGCUCUCAUUGGUGCCGAUGAGAACGGAAACCUUUGGAUAUACAGCAGUGAAGAGGCAAAAGAAGCUGCAAGUCAGAGGGCGGCAAUGGCAGGCAUUAAUGCGUCUGGAUUGACGACCGAUACUUCUUCGGAUUUAGGAUACAGUAGCGAAACAGAUAGUGAUAUCCUUCACCCACCGAUCGUUCCAACUCACCGACGCGCCGACUCUGAGUCAUUGGGAAUGCAAACACCACCCAAGACACCCACUGGAACUGCUGGUGAUCCAAAUCGAAACUAUGCCAAAACUUUGCGGUUGACUAGCGAUCAAUUAAAAGCUCUCGGCCUCAAGUCCGGCCCAAAUCCUGUGAGCUUUACUGUCAACCGAGCAACUUGUCAGGCAAAUAUGUAUCUCUGGAGAUAUGAUGUUCCUAUUGUAAUUUCUGAUAUUGAUGGAACCAUCACAAAGUCAGAUGCUUUGGGCCAUGUUUUGAAUUAUAUCGGAAGAGAUUGGACUCAUAUUGGAGUUGCCAAACUCUACACGGAGAUCAUUAACAAUGGUUACAACAUCAUGUAUUUGACCUCUCGAUCGGUCGGUCAGGCGGAUACGACCAGAGCCUACCUCAACGGUGUGGUACAGGAGGAUUAUCGCUUACCGAAGGGCCCAACCAUCUUGAGUCCUGAUAGAACGCUCGCAGCUUUGAGACGAGAAGUUUAUAUCAGAAAGCCAGAAGUCUUUAAAAUGGCUUGUCUACGAGAUAUCAAAAACUUGUUCGGCCCUAAUCGCACACCAUUCUAUGCAGGUUUCGGUAACAGACUCACUGAUGCACUGUCAUACCGCUCGGUCAGUAUUCCAAGCAACCGCAUUUUCACUAUCAACAGUUACGCAGAAGUAUCGUUAGAUUUGCUCAGUCUCAACAAAUUACGAUACAGCUAUGUGAAUAUGCGAGAGGUUGUGGAUCAUUACUUCCCACCGGUCAACACCCUCAUCACCAGCGGAGGUGAAGAAUACACUGACUUCACAUAUUGGCGAGAACCUGUCCUUGAGCUUGACGAUUUCAGUGGGUCUGAGAGUGAUGAAAAAGAUCUUGAGGAGAGAGAAGAGGAAGAGGAGGAUGACGAGGAUGACGAGGAAGAUAACGAACAGUUGGGUGACAGUUAUAUCUCUCGCGAGUCUUUAGACGAGGACAAUUACUACGAGGAAGGUCUGGAUGAAAGUCUGUUGAUGGAGUCAAUAGAGGGGGAUGAUGGUCUGGGGAGAAGUAUGCUAUUAGAAGGAGAAGGCCAAGAUCAGGAAUACUAUGACAACGCAAUUGAAGAUGACGAUUACGAAGAGGAGUCACAGUUAGAAGGGGGUGGUGUCAGACUAGAUGAUCAGCUCACUCCUCAACCCCAAAAACUUGAUACCGAUGCUGAGGUCAUUACGGGACUCAAAAAUCUUGCUUUAAAGGAAGAAAAUUCCGACGAUUAGAAGGUUUAAAUCUUCAUCACGAGGAUAACAUAGGAACACGGGAUUUCAACAUUCCUGUAUACUUAAUAGUAGCGGAGAGGGAUGCGGGAUGAGACGCAGACAAGCCCAAACGAGGUAUGGGAAAUGAAUGAAAGGAGCUUGGGUGUUGAAGUGCAGCGUAGCGAUGAGAAUUUUCAACGAAAUACCUUUGGCAGCAAGUGUAUAUUAGCAUAUUGUAGGAGUUUAGAUGAGUGAGCAUGGAUUGGGCUGGAACUUUUUUUCUUUUUCUUCCUCUCUUUUGGAGGAUGUAGGUUAUCUUUCAUGGGUGGCAUGGUAUGGGAUCGGUAUGGAUAUACAAAGGGCAUGUAUUGGAGAAGGGCAUAGGGUGGAGUAUUUAACUUCUUCUUUUUGAUUAGAAAGAAUAGAGAGAAUUUUCACAUUGUUAUAGCA